UUUAUUAAAAAUGAGCUUGAAACAUUUGUAAGCGCCAACUCUCCAAAACACUCAAAAAUGUUGAAUUGGGGAAUUCCCUUUUUCAACGUGCUCAAGUCAUUUCAUUAUAAUUUGACUUGGAAUUUCUCUUUUGAUAAUUUUAAUUGAACAGUAUUUUGUGUUGCAAAGUGAUGUGAUGUCUUUGAUCAAAGUCCCAGUAACUGCUCUUGCUGUCUAUAAGGAGUAUUUGCUUGCCGGUGUUGGAAGCUUCAUUAAAAUUUAUACUCUAACACCUAAGUCUGGAGAAAAUGAUACAACUGAAGUUCUGUUCGUGAAGAAAAUUUUUAAUCGUCAUGUUGUCCAUGGAUUGAAGGUUUUCAACUGUCAAAAAUCUUUUAUUGUUGCAUAUGGUGGACAAGAAUGGUGCAUUUGCAAAUUAACUGAAGAUGAUGAUGAUUUGUUACAGAUACUUUUUUCAUCUAAAAUUCAUGAUUGGAUAUGGGAUGUUUCGCUAAUAUACCGAGACAUUGUAAACGAUGACAUUCCAAGACUCACACAUCAGAUCGCUUUCGCGCUUGGACAUAAUUCUGUAGUUUUAUAUGAUCGGAUGCAAGAUAAGAUUAUAGUGGAAUCUCAUUGCGAAGAAAAAUGUAUUUUGUACUCUGCAUAUUUUGUUGCAGACGAAAGACCAACUUGGAACUCUUUAACGUUAUGUAGUGGGACAGUUUUUAAUCAAGUGGUUAUAUGGAGACCGGGAUCUCGUGAUCAAAACAAAAUUAUCCAAAGAAUUCAUGCUCAUGAUGGAGUGAUUUUUAGUAUUGAUUUUGAUUUUAAUACAGGACUCCUCAUUACUGCCUCUGAUGAUCGUAGUAUUCGAUUAUGGAAAUGCAAAUCCUUAGAAACUUAUUCUUCAUCAAAUAAUGUUGAUUUUGAUUCUAAUAAUUAUCUGUGCAAGUUAUAUGGACAUGAGUCGAGAGUAUGGAGAGCCCAAUGUAUCAAAUAUCGUGAUCGAUCGUAUUUAAUAAGUGUUGGUGAGGAUAGCCACUGUAUAAUUUGGGAUUUGUCGAUAUCACAUGACAGAGUGGAAGGAAAAAUGAUUCGUAAAAUUAGAUGUCAUAAAGGAAGGAAUAUAUGGAGUUUAAUUAUAGACCACGAUAAAGGUUAUGUGGGGACAGGUGGAGGGGAUGCAGGAAUUAGAAUUUGGAAAAUAAGUGAUUUAAUUAACAAUGAAGCAAAAAUAGUGAAACAUCCAUUUGCUUUAAUGAACAGACAAGAUGUUGGAGCUUUGAAGUCUGUUCAUCUGUGUGGUACAGAUAACGUGUUAGGACACACGGAUUCAGGCAUUCUUCUACAUUUCUCAAUUCCUAAUGAGAGCUGGACUAUUGUGAAUGAAGACACAAAUUUCAAAUCUUAUGCGACAAUGAGUGUGUUGAAUAGCAAGAACUUGGUUGCUCUUGGUAGCACAAAAGGGAAUUUGCUUCUUUUACAUUUGGAUAAAACUUUAUCCUGCGUUAUCAAUAAUAUUUCUAUCAGUGCAACAACAAUAGAAGGGAAAAUUCAUUCAAUUAGUUGGUAUGAGAUGGAAAAGAAAAUGUAUCUAUUUAUAUCGGGACCUGAUGGUGAAUUUAUAUGUUCUGAAGUUUCAAUAAAAAAUGCAUUUAUUAUAUAUGACCGAAAGCAUGUAUGGGUGUUACCGAUUGCAAAACAUAGAUGGCAUAUGGGAGUUGCUAUGACUAAUUAUUCUGGCAAAAUAUUUGUUGUGUGUGGGGAUAGAAGAGGAUCACUGCAUUUGUUUAAAGAAGAUAUUCGUGAACCUGUCCAUACAAUUCAUGGUAUUCAUGAUAAAAAUGGUGUAACGUCAGUUCAGAAAUUUGGAAAUUUAUUUGUUUCAACUGGAAGAGAUGGAAUAUGGAGGAAAACUGAAAUAAAUGCUGAUUUUAGUAAACUUCACAAUGUGGCUCAAAAUCGUGCAGCUCAGGGUAUGGAUUGGUUGGAAACUGUAAUUCCACUCGCUAACGAAUCAUCAAGCACAAGUUUUGCUGUUGUUGGAUUUCAUGGCAGAAAUUUUACUGUGUGGAGUAGUAAAACAGGUGAUACUUUGGUUACCAUUGAAUGUGGGGGUGGACACAGAGAUUGGAGUUUCAAGGUUGCAAAUGACAAAUCCACUCUUGUUUUUAUAAAAGAAAGUUCUUUGCAUUUUGCUCGACUAUCUCACAAUGUUACCAAGGAAACUUCAGUUGUUUCACCAUAUUUUCAUGGCGGUCAAAUCACCUGUAUCAGAUACAUUGAUGGUUUCUUUAACAAGUCAUGCAAUCUGAAUAUCUCAUAUUUGGUUACUGGAAGUGAAGACACAAAGAUAUUUGUUUCUGUUUAUACUCAAUCUAAUACAUAUCGAGAACUGGCGAAGCUUCAUCAUAUCUUCACCAUUGAUGAUCAUAUUUCAAGCGUUAGAACACUGACAUCAGUUAAAAUAAAGUCUGACGAUACCAAUUUGUCUAAUACCAUACUGUUUAGUGGAGGAGGCAGAGCUACACUAAAUUGUUACAUCAUAAAGAUAAACAAAGCAUAUUCAUGGACAGAGAAUCGUUCAGUUGAACAUGUCUGUUCUCACAAACUGAAUAUAAAUUGCAGAAGGGCUUCCUCCACUACAAAUCCUGAGACAAGAUAUAUGGACCUCGCUGGUUGGCAAAAAGGUCGACAAGCAUUUGUUGCUGCUGCUUGCUCAGAUGCUCUGAUUCGUGUAUUUAGGAUAGAUUUGGAUCAGAAAAAGCUUUUUUUAAUCAAUCAAUCAUCACAAUACAGUAAUUGUUUUUUGACAAUCAAAUACUUUACCUUGAAAGAUCAUGGUUAUUUGAUUAGUGGUGCGACUGAUGGAUUCAUAAGAAUAUGGAAACUUUGUGACACAAAGUUAAAUCACCAAGUUGAUGGAGACACUUUAGAACUAGACCAACCUUGCUUUGAAAAAAGAGUCCAUAUGUCAGGCAUCAAUGCAUUAGAUACAUGGACCAAAUAUUCACUGAAAGAAGAGCAAGAGUCACAUGACAAGGUUUUUAUUGCGACAGGCGGGGAUGAUAACGCAGUAAAUUUAAAUAUGAUUAUGUUUCGGAAUGAGAGUAUUAUGGUUUGUGGUAAUUGUCAUAUUGAGAAUGCUCAUUCAACUCAGAUAACCAGUGUAAGGUUUGGUUUUUUCUCGACUUGUGGUGAAUUAGAAGUAAUAUCAACAUCAAUAGAUCAACGUUUGACAAAGUGGAGAAUACUUUUGCAUGAAGAUUCUAUAAAGUACGAGUUUGGUUCAAGUACAUAUAUGAAUGUUGCUGACAUUUCUUCGAUGGAAGUUUGGUCAUUAACAGCAGAGAAGGACCAUUUCCAUGCUGCCGUUUGUGGCCAAGGAAUUCAGAUUCUAGAUAAAUUUUGAUCAUAUAUUUUCGUUUUAUGUACCGAAUACACUGUGGUUUUAAGUAUAGUAAAUGACAAAUGUUUUA